GCGAGGCGGGCGGACGCUGAUGAUGGGCGAAGGGGGGACCUGGGAGCGGGGCUGCCUUCGGCUGCGGGGGGCAGAGCUGCAGGAGAGGCUGAAUCAGGGGGGUGCCGUGCCGCGGGACUUGCAACUUUGUCUCCGCCGAGAUUGAAGGAUUUCCUUUAUCUGGAUACUAUGGAGUCAGUGGCAGGCACAAUGCUGAACAAAAGAUGCAGUUCCAGGAAAAAUGGGCUUACAGGUGUGCUUACAAAGCGCUUGCAGAAGGCCUUGCAUCUGUCGUCCCCUGUGGCUCUUUCCCAGCACUGUACAGGCUCCUGCCCAAACUUGAUGAUGAAAAGGAAUGAAACACUGGAGCCAAAGACUGGCAGAGCAGCCUCUGUUAAGCCUCGGCCCGCUGUGGAGACUCACCGGAUGUUGUGUUUGUCCCUCUCAUCAGAUAGUGCCAGGCAGUACAAUGCCCUGGUCUCUCAGGAGAAGCUUGAUGAUCAGAUGAAGCAAGCCCACAGUGCUGGGACAGCCAGCAGCACGGGUUCCCUGGAACGGGCAUCCUUGUUCUGUGCCUCUGUAUCCAAUUCCCCCUCCAAUUCCUCCAUGGCAGUAGAAUCUCUGUCUAAGCCCAAAUCUUCCCCCUGGCUCUCAUGGUUGCGCAGCAGCCACCUUGAACUGGAUGCCAGCAUCUUUUCUGUGUCUAAGAAGUGCCACCAUGCGUGUCUCCAGCCUGAGGACUCCAAACCAGGGGGGUUGCAGGGCUUCCGCUUCUUGGAGCCAGUCCUCACCAGGAUCACGGAUUAUAUCUAUGUGGGAAACCUUCGAGCGGCUUACAGUGGGCAGCUGCUGUGCAAGAACAGCAUUGACAGCAUCAUUGACAUGAGCAGCUUGCCCACAGACUGCAGCCUGAGCUUCAUCCCCUGCACCUGCAGCCGGGGGCCCCAGCAUAACUGGUUCCGUCUCAAGGUGCACAUCCAGGGGGCUUUGGAGGAGGAGUGGACAUCUCUGCAGCAGCCUUACUUCUGGGACAUCAACGAGUGCAUUGAAGCCUCCCUGGAGAAAAGGAAGCGGGUUCUGAUUCACUGCAGGGAUGGCUCCUCUCUGGCUCCCACCUGUGUCAUCCAGUACCUGAUGGUGAAGCACAACAUGAGGCUGCUGGCUGCUUACGAGUUGGUCCGGGCCAGGUACCCACUUAACAUCCAAGAGCGCCACCAAGACCUGCUGGUGGGUCUGGAGAGAACUCUGCGGCCAGGAGAGAUGGACAUGGCAAGCUUUAAACAGGCCAUAUCAAGGAAGAUGGCAUGGGCCUAGGACCCAGCUAGAUGUGUGCUUGGCAGCAGUCUUGUGUGCUUAAACAGGGAGCUGCCCCAAUCAUGUAGAAAGGGUUGUGGGUGCCUCAUUUUAAAAGCUGAAGGGCAUGUGGGUGAGGAGUGCAGAACCCUCCCCUUACUGCAGCCUAUCUCCCUGCAGCCCCUCUCCCCAGGCUCUUUCCCCCAGCACAGUAUAGUUGUGGUAUUCAGGAGAUGCUAGGUGGUAACACAUGGGCAGGGAGAGGAUCCUGCACUGCUCACUUGUAUACCUCUUAAUAUUUAAUCCCACCCCAUUUUUGAGAUUGUGGCAUUUCCAUGUGUAAAGCACAUGGAAUUGCUGCUGUUGUGUCUAGUUUGGUCCUUUUGAGAGGAUAUGGUAAGAAACAAAAGUUCAUGAGAUUCCAUGUGAGCAUGGAAGCAUAAUCUGAGGUGGUCCUACGAAGCCUUACAUGUUUACUGUCAGUUGGUUUCUGCAGAAUGAGGAAGGGCUUUACACCGAGUCAGACCACUGGUCCAUUUUAGAAGAGUACAGUCUUGCCCAAUACUGCUACCUGGGAUCUUAUCCACUGGAGAUGUGAAGGACUGGCCUUAUACAUGCAGGGCAUGGAGCCAGCACUAGUCCUUGGUUCCCCUCUCUCCUCCCUUUUUCCCCAGAGGCUUCAGUAGUGAAAGGGGAGAGGGUUUUCUCAGCUGCUCUGUUCCUCUUCCUUGUGGGCUCACUUUCUGCCUCAGGGGCCAGUUGUCUGCUACCCAGCUUGUGCCCUCCUUAGCCUCCCCCUCCUACUGAAGAAGCCCUCCCUCCACUCUGUAUCCUCACGAGAGUCCACAUUGUCUCCGCCCUCACAAGCACGCCCCAUCCCAGCCUCAGCUGUCCCUUGUCAGGUUGCCCUAGCAAACCCUGUGUACUCAGCCGAGCAUGUGCCGGAGUUUUGGCAUCUCCUCCAGUUUCUUUCUGGAAAUGAUCUCUCCCGCCAAUAUCGCCAGAAAUCUCCCAAAAUGUUGAGAGCUGGAUCAGGGAUGAGUUGGGGAUUCUUUCUGUGGCAGGAGGAGGUGGCAAAGUCAGAGGUUGAGAACCCUGAUAGUGCUUUAUCACUGGACUGCACGAUUUGCAGCAAGGAAGGAACCCAAACAUUUGCAACAACAAGCUGGAUUCUGCAAACUGAAAUAACUCUGCAGGUUUCUUAACUGAGCAUAAUUUAUUUUGCUAUCUAAACAAAACAAAAACAUAGUUUUGCAUCAUUUUUUCUGCUCCUGAUAGUCAUGAGGAAAAAGAAGGAAGUAUACAAGCACUGAUGCUCUGUCUUCUGCCCUCUGGAAAUCUUGAUCAGCAAUUUUGCUGAUUUCUAAAAUUGUCCUGGCAUUGCCCACACACUUCUAUGCACAUCUCUUCCAAGCAACCCAAAGAGCUAGCAAGUUUCUUUUAAAAAAACACAACAACUUAAAGAUGAAAUCCCCAGGAAGCUAAAUUAUGCAGCUUGUUCCACAUUCUGUGGUUUUCUGUGCUCCAGUGAAAUUGUUACUGGCACCUAGUCCUGGAUUCAACCCCUCCUCUUGAUGCUGGACAUGCAUACAGCCUCUUUAAAUUGUCCAAUUCCAUGAGCCAAACGGUACACUAUAUUAGCUAUGCCUGUUUCCGUGACAAUGUAAGUGUAGAAGUUGAGCCCUGUCUUCAAAGAGAAUGAAAUCUAGAGAGGAAAUCUAGGUUUUGUUUAUUUGUCAGGAAGAUCUUGCAGUUGUAAUACUGGACUAGAAGAUUUAAAAGGGAGAUGGGCUCAAUGAAACACUUUUUAGCUACACCCACCUGUAAAAGUGUAAAAUGCUGGUUCUUGUUUGGAGAGACUAUAAAUCAGGGAUGGCUAGGCCAUCACAGAAGAAGCAUGUUGUCAGCAGUGGAACUUAAACCUGGUGGUUUAAAAUCCUAGAUUCUAUGAAUGGAAUAAAUUAGGUUUAUUUUUC